AUGAUUCACUAUUUUCUUUUGAUUCUGCUCCCAACUUUCUCAUUAGCUCAGUAUUACAAUCCUUCUCUCUAUCAAAGUUAUAUGAAUUCUGGUGUCCCACGACAGCAAACUGUACUUGUUCCUGUUUAUACUCAAAAUGGAUACGGUGGAGGAUACGGUGGAGGCUACGGUGGAGUUUAUGGAGCUGGAGCCGGAUACCCAAGUUAUGGAAUGAAUUAUCCAGCAUAUGGCACGGGAUAUGGUUAUCCUGGAGGUGGCUAUCCGAUGAUGGCAGGUGGCGCUUGUUGUGGAGGUGGAGGAAUGAUGCCACCUCGCGAGAGCAACGCUAAAAAGUUUCUCCGUGGAGCUACUGAAGGUGUGUUCAUGGGAAGUGUUGGAAUGCUUGGAUUCCGGAAAUAA